AUGCCUGAUCCUGGCGCAACCAAACGACCAGUCAAGCUGACGUUCAAGCCUGCGCCGAAGCCCAGCUCUCAUACUCACUGUCCCAAACCCAGUUCCGAACUAAAAUUCAUGCUACCCGGGACCAAGCCCGAACCUGAGGAAGUUCUCAUUGAUACUACUGCUACUCCGCAGCCUUUUCUCGACCCAGAAAUUCUGACGAAAUCGACUUGA